AAGAAGGAACGGCGGAGCCGACGGUUAGCAAUUUGUCGGACUGGUCACUCGAGUGAUUUCAAGCUGAAAUUCACAGCGGCUGCUGAAACCAACUAGGAAACUCGCUGUCCAAUUCCCAGUGUGAACUUACAGAUCAGAAACCAGGGGGAACAGAUCUCAGGACCUUUAAACUCUACAGAGAGAUAAAGGGAAAUUCUCACUCCAGAGAAACCAACAAACUUCAGCGCGUUCAACUUGAAGGAGAUUUAAUUUUUAAAAAAACCCAAACAUGUUGAAAAUGUGGGCACUAGCUACCGUGUUAGUCAUUUUCACUUGGAACUUCACAUCAGCUAAGACACUAAAGGAUGUUGACACGAGUCAUCUCAAUGAGCUGGAAGGUUCUGGUUAUGAGUCCAGUCCGUACCCUGGCCACGUGAAUGAAUAUGGUUCUGGAUAUGGUUCCGGAGAUUACGGUUACAGUGAUGAAGAGGACGAUGAAAUCGAUGAUGAGGAUGAGGAUGAACGGGACAAUAACAUCCCUGACCUUGAUGUGGCCGUGGUUGAAGAAAGCCCCGUGCUGAGCAACGAGGUACUCGUGAACAAAAAUGCCCCGUCAAAUGAUGAUGGCAACAACCGGGUUGCUUUGGCCAGCACCAACAACAACUCCAGCGUGUUCGCAAGCACGGAAAUGCUAGCAGCCAUGAUCGCUGGUGGGACCAUAGGCCUCCUGUUCGCCAUCCUGCUCAUCUUGCUGCUGGUCUACCGCAUGAGGAAGAAGGACGAAGGCAGCUACGACUUGAGCAAGAAGCCCAUCUACAAGAAGGCGCCCACCACCGAGUUCUACGCAUAAAAAUGAAAACCUCGGCAGGCAUUUCUGAACAACAGACUUUAUAAUCUCUCUGACCACCUGCCUUCACCAAACUGGGAGAAGUGGAGCAACUACUUGCAGCUAGUUUAAAGCUUCUGCUAAUCUUUUGUAUUCUACACAUGAAAUCCACUGUCAACUGGGGAAAUUGUCUAUCCCAGAUAUAUUAAAAAAACAAAACAUUAUUUUGUAAAGACGAGGCUGGAAGCUACAACAUAGCAUUGUCCGUUACUUGCACGUUGAGUAUUUCUGCCAAGUGUUGUGGUGAGGGAGGAGGAGAAGGUGAUGAGACUUCACUGUCCUAACAUUUCCAUUUUACUGUUUGUUUUCACUUUGCCCCAAAACCAUAAUUGGUUUCCCCUGUUGUCUGGUACUGCCGGGCAGCUCUGUGGAAUAGCCUAGCUUUCUCAGAAAACUUCUGUCUCGAACACUAACCCGCACCUGCAACACCCCUCUUUAAAGAACCACAAUUGCAUUUCCUUUGGAAAGUUUUUUAAAGUGUCAAACUGCUUUGAGUUGAUGUUUCCCAGCACAGGAAACUGUUCGCAUCUGUAUUUUUUUUUUCUUCUCUCAAGUUCUCCCCAAAAAAAGCAAAAUUUGGUUUUAUUAAAUUUGCUGUAGUCAUGUGCUUAACCAUAGAUCAAAUUUUGUAGCAUUUUAUUACUAUACAACUGCAUUCAUUGGCAAAAUCUCUAGGACGUUUUUUUAACAAAUUUCCUGCUUUUUAAAUUAUCUUAAUAUGUUAAUACCCUCUUUAUUUCAGUGUGACUAUUUUUAAACACUGUUUUGAAUGAAUGACUUAAAUUUUAUGGAUAUUCUUAUCUAUUUGCUAUUUCAUUUUAUACACAAUAUGUAAUGUCCAUUUUCAUGGUAGUGUCCAUUUUCUUUACAUUGGUGCUUCACAAGAAAAUGUAGGUCGGUCAUAGAAGUUAUUUUAUAAUAGAGAUAGAGACAUUUGUUCUUUAAAAAAAAAAAAAAAAAAAAACUUUCUGGAGGAAAAAAAUUGCCCCUUUUACUUUCUGAAGGUUGGAAGGAUAAACUGCCAACAUGUCACAGUUGAACAGACCAAUCUUCAUUUAGCAGUGAAUUUGACCAAGUUUCUUGGUGCCAGGAAACUUUGAUAUUAAGAAACAUGUACACCAACCACCUAUCAGUCUGCAAUCCCAUUCCCCGGGUACUUGAGGUAAUUUUAACUUAAAUCCUUUUCGGGAUAUUUUGUACACUAAUCUCUUUCUCAAGUAAUCAAAGUCUCUCUCUUUGUGUAAACUCUAGUAACGUGAAGGCCUUUGACAUUGCUUUUAUUUAAUUUGGCUGGGUUUAUUCUUGAGGCCAACAUUCUAUGACAAUUGGAAUGGAAAGAAAAUGUUUGCAGAAAUGAAAAAAAAGUUUUUAAAAGUACUUCUGGCUAUUUGCCAUCUGAGAAGCCUUAGCUCUGGCCUAAAUCUUCCUACGCGUUGGUGUAUAAAUACAACUCUUAAAUAUGUAGUCUAGAGUAUGGGAGAGCAAUUUAUGGAAUAAAUUAUUUUAACUCGUUUA